AUGGUUCGUGUGGUACCCAUACUCAGGCUACAAACAAAUCCUUGGCGGGUAAAUAAGUGUUUUACUUUUGAUUUACCACAUUUGAUCAUAUAUCUUUACGUAUUUUCCUACGCUAGUUUUAGGGGAACGACGUUUCCUGGUGGUAGACGACAUUUUGAUUUUACCGGACCACAAAGUGACCAAGAUUUGUUUGUUUUUUUUUGUAUGAGACAACAUUUCGUUAUUAAAUUGCCCAAAAACAGGCCGUAUUUUCCAAAAGAAGGGGAAGUAGGUGCCUAUGGAGAGAUUGAUGAGCACUCAAGGUGUGGGGACAAAGUAGACACGCCAUUUUGCUCUAAAGGAUUGGAGAAAGACACCGGGUCCCGGACAAGUAGUCACAAUGAAUUAGUCCGGCUAGAUAGAAACGUCGUACCACGCCAGGAAAUGUCGUCCCCCAGCUAUAUUGUAAAACACAUCGUGGUAGCCUACCUAGUUGGUUACAAUGUCCGUACAUUUUUUUGGGUAUUUUCUCUUAUGAUCUUUCCGGUAAUCUUUAUAAUGAAUAUUAUGUAG